AAAAAAUAAAUAAGUUAAUUAGCGAAUCAAAGUCUAUUUAGGAUAAUCUAAAUAAAAAUGGAAGGAACAGAAGAUCAAAUCAUAUUUAAAAAGACAUAUCAGCUUUUCUAAUAAUAAUUAUGCUAGCUCAAUCAAACUGAUAACUUAAUCAUAAUUUAAGAGUUAGAUGAAAUCUCACAAGAUGUUUAGAAUUUAUUGCUUAAUAAAAAACAAAUAUUAUUUUCAUCUAAAAAUAAUACAAAACAUUAAAUAAAAAUAAUGCUAUUCAAAGCUAUAUAAUUACAAAUUCUCUUUCAAAGAGAAAUCAUUAAGUAGCAAAAAUGUAUAAAUAAUAAGUCAGAAUUAAAUAAUAAUGAAUCAAUAGGAUAAUCUUAAGUUGAUACUUAAAAAAAUUAACUGUAGAUGGAUAUUAAAGAAAUCUUAGAAUAAUAAGUAAAUAUAAAAGAGAUAAACUAAAUUUAACUAUAACUGACUAUUUGUGAUGGAACUAAAGAAUAAGAAAAAAAAUGUUAUUUAUAAGAAAUUUCAUUUUAAUUAAAUCAUAAACACUUUUGCUAUAAAGUAUAAAUAGAAAAAGAGGAAGAUGAAGAAAAAAUAUACAGUAUGACAUUUAAUGAAAAGUCAAUGAUUUCUAAUCACAAUUUAACAGAAGAACGCCCUUUUGAAUAAAUCUUAAAAGAGGAAGACAAAAGCAAUUAAAAUAAUCAAAUGAAUAUUGUAUAAAAAACAAAUAAUUCAGAUAGUGAAAUUGAUAAUAAGAUAAAUGACAAAUAGGAAAGCCAAGACUAACUUUAAGACAAUCAAGAUUAUAAAAAUAAUAAAACUCAUACAGAUAUUAAAACAGAAGAGCGUCCUUUAGAAUAAAUCUUAAAAGAGCAAGACAAAAGCAAUUAAAAUAAUCAAAUGAAUAUUGAAUAAAAAACAAAUAAUUCAGAUAAUAGUAUUGAAAAUAAAAUAAAUGACAAAUAGAACAAGCAAGAUUAACUCUAAGAAAAUCAAGGCUAUAAAAACAAUUCAACUCAUACAGGAAUUGAAGACGGAUUAAACUCUAAAUAAGGACUAAGUUACAACAAGAAUGAAGGAGAAAUAUUAAAAAUUAGUAAUGCAGGGAAAAAAAGAAUAACAACUCCUAUUUUUGAUCAGACAUUAUUAGGUGAUUCUAAUAGAGAAAAUUCUCUCACCUAAAUUAAAAAUGAGGUACCAUCUAGUGUUAUGAAAGAUGAGGAGAUUUAAUCAACAAAUAUCAGACAAAUCUUGAAAAUAGCAGAAGAGGAUGAAUAGUAUAUAAAAUCCAUAUUAAAAGGAUAGGACUAAAAAUGUAAAAAAAAAGACCAAUUAUAGGAAUUAUUCAAUUCUUUCGAAAUCCUUAUGGAAAAAAUAAGUAAAGAUAAUAAAGAUGAGUAAUUCUUUGAAAAUAAUAUAUUGAAUGAGAUAAAUGAAAACAUCAAAAAGUUCAAAGAAGAUAAAAAUAUUUAGAUGACAUAAAUAUUUAAAUUUAUAUAGAUUUAACAUAAUAAAAUUAAAGAACUUAAACAAUAAAAGAAAGAUUUUAUUAAUUAAUUAAAAUCUAUGAAUGAAGCUUUUAAAAAAUUAGAAGAAAAGUGUAAGUCUUUAAAUGAGAAAUAUCUAUAGGAGAUAUAACAAAAGUAAUAUCUGUAAGCUUCCCUUGAAUAGCACUAUACAGAUAUGAAAAUCAAAGAAAAUGAGCUUUCUCAAAGCACAGAAAAAUAAAAAGGUUUACAACAACGCAUAGAAUAAUUGUAAAAUGAAGCUUAAAGGCAAAAAUAAAAUUAUGAAGAAGAAGUUAAUAAAUUAAAUAAGUAAAAUGAAGAAUAAUAGUAAAAGCACGUUUAAUAAAUAAAACAAUAUUAGAUUCAAUAUGAUACAAUAAUAGGAUAAAAUAAUUAGAUAUAUUUGAAAGAGAAACAAUCACUUUUAAGUCAUAUUAAAAACUUUGAAAACUUAGUUAAAAAACUUAAGGAGGAAAAAUAAGAAAAGCAAAAUUUAAUUGUUAACAAUUAAAAAUAGAUUCUGGAAUUAUUAUCAUAAUUAGAAUAACAAAAAUAUUAUAAUGAUAAUUAAAUUGCUUAACUUUAAUAGCAGAUUAUGCAGUAACUAAGUUACAUUGAGCAAUUAAAAUAAGAACUCUAAAAAGAAAAAAUAGAUAAUUAAAAUGAAAAACAAACUCUUCAAAAUUAAAUUAAUGGGUUAAAUGAUGAAAAAUUAAAACUAGAGCAGAAUCUAUAGUAAAAAGAGAAGGAUAUUGAAGAAUUAAAACAAACCUAAGCAUAAAACUUAGAUUAAAUAAAUGAAUUAAAUAAAGAAUGUUAGAAUCUAUAAUAGAAAAUCUUUAACUUGAGUUAAGAUUCAAUAUAAUUAAUGAAAUUAAAAUUAGAAAAAAAUAGUAAAAACCAUCAGAUUUGCCCAAACUGCAAUGUAAAUAUAAUAAACGUAUUCAUAAAAGGUCAUGAAAUGUGCUCUGCCUGCUUACAAAGAAAGCUAUAUAAAUAUGCAUGA